UGUACAUGUUGAUAUCCGUGUUGCAGCAGGAUAGUCCUCUCCAAACACUUUAUCAAGUUCUACAGUCUGGAUGUGAAGAUGGCUCCCGGCUCCCAGGUUUAAUCUGCUUGAGCGGACUCUUUCCUCGGUCUUCCAGAUGGACCAUCCUGUCGGGGCAAUGCGUGUGUUGGUGACGGGCGGCAGUGGGCUGGUGGGGCGAGCGAUAGAGCGGGUGGUGAAAGAGGAGGGUGGAAGGAGAGAAGGAGAAGAAUGGAUAUUCCUGUCAUCUAAAGAUGCCAAUCUCAUGAGCGCUGAAGAGACGAGAGCAGUUUUCCAGAAACAUCGUCCGACACACGUCAUUCAUUUGGCCGCCUUGGUGGGUGGGCUCUACAAAAACAUGAGACAGAACCUGGACUUCUGGAGGAAUAAUAUAUUUAUCAAUGACAACGUGCUGCAGACGGCUCAUGAGUUCGGGGUGGUGAAGGUCGUUUCUUGCCUGUCCACGUGUAUAUUCCCGGAUAAAACCACCUACCCCAUAGAUGAGACCAUGAUCCACAACGGUCCGCCACACGAGUCUAAUUUCGGUUAUGCCUACGCCAAACGCAUGAUUGAUGUCCACAACAGGUCAUGUUUUGAGAAGUAUGGUCGGAGAUACACCGCCGUUAUACCCACCAAUGUUUUUGGACCACAUGACAACUUCAGCAUUGAGGACGGUCACGUGCUGCCGGGGUUGAUUCACAAGACAUACCUGGCAAAGAAGGAAGGUAAACCUCUGCAGGUCUGGGGUUCAGGUCGCCCUCUACGGCAGUUCAUCUAUUCUCUGGAUCUGGCUCGUCUGUUUCUGUGGGUUUUGAGGGAGUAUGACGAGGUGCAGCCCAUCAUUCUAUCAGUUGGAGAGGAGGAUGAGUUGUCCAUAAAGGACGCUGCAGACACUGUGGUUGAAGCGUUGGGGUUCAAAGGUGACGUGAUUUAUGACACUAGUAAAGCAGAUGGUCAAUUCAAGAAAACCGCCAGUAACGCCAAACUACGCAAAUACCUGCCAGACUUCAAGUUCACACCGUUCAAAGCAGCUAUCAAGGAGACAAGUGAUUGGUUUGUGGCCAAUUAUGACAUCGCCCGUAAAUGAAGAUCUUCACAUCUCAUUGGCUGUGAGGAGUUUGAUCACUGUUCAGUGCUGGAAACCAGUGAUUGAUCAAACCACUUGAACAACCCUUAAUAAUCUAUAUGAAGAAAAAAAUCAUCAAACACUGUCGUCUUAGCUCUCUUGAAGUGUUUCUUAAAGAUAUACAUUUUACAGUUUUGCAGUUACUUAAACAGCAAAAUGCUGCGUUUUCAAAUGUAUUUAUUAAAGUUCCCGUGAAAUCAAAAUUGAAGGUUUUUUGGCUUUUAGUAUGAAUAUGUUUUCCUUAAGAUUAUCUAUAAGCUAGUCUGCUCCAAAACAAUGACAAAAUUCGCAUUUAGAAGUCUCUCACUUCCGCCAAUAUGUAUCAAUGAUUUUGAUGACUUCAGGCUGCACUUCAGCUUCUCAUCAGAUUUUCUGACCAAUCAAAUGCUCUCUAGAAUCCAAAGCGCCCCGCCUCCUGCAUUAUAAAUAGACGCUGAAGCUGCGGCUGAAAUCGGUCACAUUUACUAUUUUCUACAUGGUGAAUGGCACAUAGUGCACUAUAUAGGGGAUAGGGAAUGAUUCAGACGGUGUAAAUAUGCUUUCCAUUGGGGCGAAUGAAGUCUGGUUUCAUGUAGGUGUCACGCGAAUGGGGAAUCUAUUAGAUUGUGACUGUCAAAUGAGGCUUUACCAAACUCAAUGGCUCUGGCCGAGCUGUGAUAUAAACGAAACACUAUUGGCUAUUUUAAAAAAAGGGGAGAAGCUACCCUGUCUUCCUGUUUUAAUGGGAAUUACGUCAACACAUUGAAUAACGCAAGGCACUUAGGUGGUCCUUUAAAUUAAUGGACUGCUUCCUUUCCACAGUACUUCACAAGCUAGUGCUACCGAAAAACUGUUUUCGGUAACUUAAUUGCAUUUCAGUGUCGAAUGAAGUUAAGCUUCCUUUUAAAAUAACUGUUUAUGUAUGCUCAAUAGUUUGUGAUAUAAUUGAAUGAUUACAGCCACUGAUUUGCCAGUGGCCUAUCGUUAGGAUAGGCUCCGAGAAAAUGAGCCAUCGAGUUUGUGUGUUUUUUGUUUGUUUUAAUUAUAUAAGCUACUUUGGUUUUGCUUUGAAGGUCUUUUAAAAUAGGUUCAUUUGAUAAUUUGUAUAAUUGUGCAGUAUCUUUGGUGGCAUAAUAAAGUUUCAGUUGUGAUCUCA